GGGAUUUGAAAUGCUCGGUUCUGGCUCCUCCUUUUUACUAAUUACAUGUGUCACUUGCAUCUGAGAAACACAGACAGAAGAUUUAAUCUAGUGCUGAAAGCAACUAAAACAUCAAUACUUCUUUGCUGGUGUCUAGUAUCCUCUUAGACAGCUGUCAAGACAGAAUGGCUUGUCCCCAAUCAGAUGAGCUCAUAUUUUUUGUGAAUGGCAAGAAGGUGAUAGAAAGGUGUGCUGAUCCUGAAGAAUUGCUGCUUAAUUACCUGAGAAAGGGGCUCUGUCUCACAGGAACGAAGUAUGGCUGUGGAAUUGGAGGCUGUGGGGCCUGCACAGUGAUGAUCUCUACCUACAACCCAGACUCCAAGAAGAUACGGCAUUAUCCAGCCAAUUCUUGUCUGCUUCCGUUAUGCGCGUUGUAUGGUGCUGCAGUAACCACUGUGGAAGGAGUGGGGACCACCAAAACCAAGCUCAAUCCUAUUCAGGAAAGGCUUGCAAAGUGUUAUGGCUCCCAGUGUGGCUUCUGCACUCCUGGAAUGGUGAUGUCCAUGUAUUCCCUGUUACGAAAUCAUCCCGAACCCAGCAUGGAGCAGAUAGCUGCAGCCCUGGACGGUAAUUUGUGCCGUUGCACUGGAUACAGGCCUAUAAUUGACAGCUUCAGUGCUUUCUCUCCGGAAUGCUGCCCGUUGGCAGGGAGUGGGAAAUGUUGCAUGGAUAAAGAAGGUGAGGAAGAGAAGGAAAGUGACAAAGACGAUCCAUCGUCUAGGAAAGGAAACCGGAUGUGUUCCGGUCUAUGCAAACCAGAAGAAUACCGUCCUAAGGACCCAACCCAGGAUUAUAUAUUUCCUCCUGAACUAAUGCGAAUAGCUGAAGAAAGCAAAGGACGAACUCUGGUUUUCAAUGGAGAGAGGACUACAUGGAUUUCUCCUGUGUCUCUACGAGAACUUCUUGAUCUAAAAGCCAACUAUCCCAAUGCACCUGUUGUUAUAGGGAACACAAGUGUAGGGCUCGAUAUGAAAGUUCUGGGUAUUUGUUAUCCACUUCUCAUUCAUCCUGUUAGAGUUCCGGAACUGCAUGUUACCAAUGUUGGAGACAAUGGCAUCGUGAUAGGUGCAGCCACCCACUUGGCCCAGCUGAGAGACUUCUUAUUAAACGUGGUCCCAGACCUCCCAGUGGAGACGACAAAGAUUUACCAUACUCUGUUGAAACAACUGAGAACUCUCGCUGGAGAACAGAUCAGGAAUUUGGCUUCUUUAGGAGGUCACAUUGUAAGCAGAGGAUCAGCCUGGGAUCUGAACCCUGUAUUGGCAGCUGGGAAAACUAUUCUCAAUCUGGCAUCCAUAGAUGGAACACGACAGAUUCCACUGAAUGAUGAAUUCCUUGCACGAGAGCCUCAGGCAGACCUUGCUCCAAAUGAGGUUAUCGUCUCAGUUUUUAUACCAUUCACAAAGGAAGAUGAAUUUGUGUCAGCCUUCCGACAGGCUGAGCGUCGGAAAAAUGCAUUUUCGGUGACAACUUCCUCCAUGAAAGUCCUUUUCCAGCCGGGCACUGAUGUCAUUGAGGACCUGGCUAUUUUUUAUGGAGGCAUUGGCUGUACAACACUGAGCGCAAGGGUCACCUCUCAGAAGCUCAUAGGAAGUAACUGGAAUGAGCAGAUGCUGGAUGAAGCUUGCAGGCUAAUUCUUGAAGAAAUCAUCCUCUCCCCCUCAGCCGUAGGUGGGAAAGUGGAGUACAGACGCACGCUGCUUGUCGGCUUCUUCUUCAGAUUCUAUCUGGAAGUGCUACAAGGUUUAAAGAACAAGUAUCCAUCCAAGUAUCCUGACUUGCCAAAGAAAUAUGUGAGUGCCUUAGGUGAGUUCAUUGAGAAACCACCCCAGGGCAUGCAAAUAUACCAGGACGUAGACCCUCAUCAGCCUGCUCAAGACCCAGUGGGGCGCCCCGUCAUGCACCAAUCUGGUAUUAAGCAUGCCACUGGUGAAGCUGUUUAUAUUGACGACAUUGCUCCAGCGGACGGACAGCUCUUCAUGGCUGUGGUCACUAGCACGCGAGCCCAUGCAAAGAUUCUAUCCAUUGAUGUAUCAGAGGCCUUGAAUGAACCAGGGGUAGUUGCUGUAGUAACAGCUGAUGAUAUUCCAGGGGAAAAUGGUGAUGGCAAAGAGGAAGUGUUUGCUGAAGAUGAGGUAAUAUACAUUGGACACAUCAUCUGCGGUGUGGUUGCGGAGACCUAUGAACAUGCAAAGAGAGCCAGGCGAAAAGUGAAAAUCGAGUAUCAAGACCUGGAACUGAUUCUGACCAUUAAGGAGGCAAUUAAGCAUAAUUCAUACCUCACAGAAGAAAGGAAAGUAGAAAAAGGAAACGUUAAAAAUGCGUUUCGGACUGCUGACAAUGUCAUUGAAGGAGAGAUCCACAUUGGAGGGCAGGAACAUUUUUACCUAGAAACAGACAGUGUGUUUGUCAUUCCGAGGAAAGAGGAUAACGAAAUGGAUGUCUAUUCAUCUACCCAGGAUCCUGCGAAAGUACAGCAAUUAGUGGCGAAAGUGUUGGAUGUUCAGUCCAAUAGGGUCAUGUGCCACACACGACGAGUUGGAGGAGCUUUUGGGGGAAAGUCAUCAAAACCUUCAUUUUUUGCCUCAGCAGCAGCAGUGGCUGCACACAAAACUGGCCGUCCAGUUCGUUUUAUCAUGGAGCGAGAUGAUGACAUGAUCAUACCUGGAGGUCGACAUCCUGUUUGGGGAAAAUAUAAAGUAGGAUUCAUGAAUGAUGGUAAAAUCACAGCUGUUGACCUUGAGUUCUACACAAAUGGUGGUUGUACACUGGAUGAGUCUGAACUGGUAAUCGAAUAUAUUGUGCUGAAGUGCCCAAACGCAUAUGACAUCCCCAACUUCCGAACCCGUGGAAGGGCCUGCAAGACCAAUUUGCCAUCAAACACUGCAUUUCGAGGGUUUGGAUUCCCACAGGCAGGUCUUUGUGCAGAAACAUGGGUAACAGCUGUGGCAGAUCACCUUGGCUUGCCACAUGACGAGGUCAGAGAGAUGAACAUGUACAAAAAUGUUGCUGAAACUCCCUAUAAAGAAGAGUUUGACUCCAGAAAUCUGGUUGUAUGUUGGAAAAAAUGCCUGGAGAGGUCUGAUUAUUACAGAAGGCGAAAAGCAGCUGAGGAGUUCAACAAACAAAGCUACUGGAAGAAGAAGGGUAUUGCAAUCAUUCCCAUGAAGUUUUCAGUUGGAUUUCCUGAAACACAUUAUCACCAAGCUUUAGCUCUGGUUCAUAUCUAUCUAGAUGGGUCAGUGCUGGUUUCUCAUGGUGGAUGUGAACUGGGACAAGGACUUUACACUAAGAUGUUACAGAUUGCCAGCCAUGAAUUAAAGAUACCCUUGUCUUAUUUACACCCUUACGAAACAACUACAGCCUCAAUACCCAAUGCAGUUGUCACCUCAGGAUCAGUUGGCACAGAAUGCAACGGGAAAGCUGUCCAGAAUGCUUGCCAAAUUCUCCGGAAGCGUCUAGAGCCAAUAAUAAAAGAAAAUCCGGAGGGCAAAUGGGAGGACUGGAUUGAAAAAGCGUAUGAAGAAAGCAUCAGCCUCUCAGCUACCGGCUACUUCAAAGGAUAUGUCACCUAUAUGGACUGGGAGAAAGGAGAAGGUCAUCCAUUGCCAUACUUUGUUUUUGGUGCUUCGUGUUCUGAGACUGAGAUUGACUGCCUGACAGGUGACCAUAAGAACAUCCGAACAGACAUUGUCAUGGAUGCCUGUUUCAGCAUCAAUCCAGGUAUCGACAUAGGACAGAUUGAAGGUGCCUUUCUUCAGGGAGUUGGACUUUAUACACUAGAGGAACUAAAAUUCUCCCCAGAGGGACAGGAGUACACACUGGGUCCGGACACGUAUAAAAUCCCUGCUGUCUGUGAUGUCCCAGAACAGCUUAGAACCUACUUGCUGCCAAACUCAAGAAACCCAAUUGCAAUCUACUCCUCCAAGGGUGUGGGGGAGGCUGGAUUGUUCCUGGCGUCCUCUGUGUUUUUUGCCAUAAGGGAUGCGGUGGCAGCUGCUCGGAAGGAAAGAGGCUUAAAUGGCGCUUUCACACUGGACAGUCCUCUGAACAUAGAGAGGAUUCGCAUGGCCUGUGCCGAUCACUUUACAGAAAUGAUACCAAAGGACAAACCUGGCACAUACAAGCCAUGGGCUAUUCAAGUAGACUAAUGUUCUGUUUUUUCUUCUUAAAUUCUAAGAUGCUGAUUGCCUUACAGUGGGUUUUACUCCAGGGUGAAUGUGUGUACGAUUACAGCGUUAGUAAGCUGUUAAUUUAUGAUUCCAAGCCUAAUCAAAGGAACAAUCACAGUCUAAUCACAGAACACUGUUGGACAAAGGUAUUCAUUUCAGCUGUACUACACAAUUUUAAAAGUGUUUUUAUAUAUGCUAGGAUAAAUCCUUCGUUAUCAGUUGCCUAUGAAUUUCUGCAGAUGUACACUUGGUAUAGGAGUGGGAAAUGAAGUACUAAACUGAGGUUUGGCAAAUAUGUUGAUGUCUUUAUAGCUAUAUAAAAUGCUAUAAACUGAUUGUUGUGUACAAGGCACUCAUGUAAAAGCUGUUGACUGAGCUGCUACAUUUAUUGUGGAAUGUUCUAGAUGCACCAGGAAUGGGGAAUGUGAGGCCCUCCAGAUGUUGUUGGACUACCAUGCCCAUCAUCCCUCACCAUUUGAUAUGUUGGCUGACAGGAGUUGCAGUCCCCAAAACAUCUGGAGGGCCACAUGCCCCCCACCCCUCCUAUACACAUACAUUGCAGUAAGUGCCAUUGGACUUAAUAGGACUUUUUCUAACGAAACAUGCAUAGGGCUUUGCUCCUUGGCUCCCAGUAUUAUUUAGCUCUCAUCAAACUCUACUAGGGAGGCACAGGUACAAUGGGUCAGCUGGUGCAUGCAGGUGAAGGUUGGCUUUGGGUUUUGAGGGUGUGAUAGACUUAGCAGUCUACCUUUACAGCAACUAAGGUAUGUUUCAUGGGGGAUAUAUUUUGCUGCAAACAGAAAACAUCAAUCAAUAGAAAUGACCAAGUGCAGGCACAGAACCUUCCAAAAAUGCAUUUCAAGCUGUUAUUUAACAAUCCUGAUUAUUUUCAGCACAAAUGUAUGAUGAUUGCAGGUGAUUUAGAACAUGGGUACUCUUACCAAAGCAAAAUAAGUUUCUGUGAAAUAUCUGAAUAUCCUAUGUAACUGUUCUUUUGUCUGUCUGCAUACAGACAUAACUAUCCUGCAAGGUAUUACUGUGGAGUUAUCUGCAUCUGUGUGGCACUAUAUUUAACUAAUAAAGAUUGAACUGACUGGCAAUUCUUAAAGCCUUUUAUUAGAAUAUCUGCCUCCAACUGAAAAAUGGAUAUCAUAAUAUAGGGUGGUUUUAACUACCAAUCCCUAACCUACAAUAUAUGGAUAUCAACAGGAUUGUCAUAAACCUGCCAUCUUUCAGUCAUGACACCACCUCCACACU